UGGACUCAUCAUUGGCUCAGUGAUGAACCACACACCCAGCCCCAACAUGACAGAGGCCGCCAAGUCAGGGGUGGGCUUGUUGUGCGGUCUGGGCCUGGCCCCGGAUCGGGUGCGCUCCCCGGACAGCCUGAUGCACACACCCAGCCCGUCAGGGGGAACGCCUAGUUCCAGCCCUCCUCUGCUGCUGUCUCCAGGGCUGGGCUGCGAUGGAGGCGGGGACUGGGAGAGCCGCGAGGAAUUGCGUCUGCGUGAGCUGGAGGAGGCGCGGGCGCGGGCGGCUCAGAUGGAGAAGACAAUGCGCUGGUGGUCGGACUGCACGGCAAACUGGAGGGAAAAGUGGAGUAAAGUGCGGGCCGAACGCAACAGGGCGCGGGAUGAGGUCAGGCAGCUUAGACAACGUCUGGAUGCCCUUACCAAAGAGCUGACGGGGGCACGACGAGAGCGUCAAGAGCUGGCGGCAGAAAACGAACAAGUGCGCCUAGAGGCCCAAAGAGUCCUAGCUGAACAGAACUCCCCAGCGAAUGCUUCCACUGCACCAGCAUCCAACUCCUCUGCUUCCACACACUCCAACCAGCCACGGGAACCAGACAUCAAGCAGGACAACCAGGAUGAGGAGAAUGUGAGCGAUGGGCCAGGCUCUCCAGAGCAGGAACCUGUGAGAGAUGUAGACACUGACAAACCAGACAAGCAGAAGGAGUUGGAGUUAUUGGAGGCUCUUCUCAGGGCAAAGUCAGAGGCUCCAGACUCUUGGGACAUUCGCAGUGCCAGUAGCUUGCGCUCAGUUCUCAGUCGGCAGGACCGGAGCAGACUGCUGUGGGAGGAUCUGGCUGCCCUGGAGGAGGACUCUAGCAAGCUCAACGCUCUCCAGCUGCGCCUGGAUGAGUCCCAGAAAGUCCUGCUGAAAGAACGAGAGGAUAAGCAUGCGCUCAUUAAGAACAUUGAGAAGCUGGAGGCAGAGCUGAGCCAGUGGAAACUCAAAUAUGAGGAACUGAACAAGAGCAAACAAGAGGCUCUAAAACAGCUGAACUUGUUGAAAGAGGUGCAUCAGGAUGAGCUGGGCCGCAUGUCUGAAGAUCUAGAGGACGAGUUGGGGGCUCGUACUAGCAUGGACAAAAAACUGGCGGAGCUCCGUACAGAGAUGGAACGUCUGCAGGUGGAGAACGCAGCAGAGUGGGGUCGUCGGGAGCGUCUGGAGACGGAAAAGCUGGCUCUGGAGAGGGAAAACAAAAAGCUGCGUGCCCAGAUGGAAGACCUGGAGGAGCAGCUGGCACGCAAACGCAGGCAGGCCGCCAGCGCCCUGGACACCGACCUCAAGACCAUCCAGUGUGAGCUGUUUGAGAGGAACAAGGAGCUGGCAGAUUUGCGGCAUGUCCACUCCAAGGUUAAAAAACAGUACCAGGAGAAGAUGGCUGAGCUGGCACAUGCUAACCGGCGUGUGGAGCAGCAUGAGACAGAAGUUAAGAAGCUCCGACUGAGGGUGGAGGAACUAAAGAAAGAGCUGGGCCAGGCUGAAGAUGAGUUGGAUGAGGCUCAUAAUCAGACCAGAAAGCUACAGAGGUCCUUGGAUGAGCAGGUGGAGCAGACAGAGAACCUACAAGUUCAGCUGGAGCACCUACAAUCCAG